UCAAAGCCGACGUCGGUGACUGGGUGGAGGUGAGGAAGGAACAGUGUUGAGGUGUGAGGAGGAUGUUGCUUACCAGGUCACUGCGAGGCUCUGUGUGUGUGUUGAGGCACCACAGGGCUCAACACCACUACCACAAUGACACUGUCAACACCGUGGGGUCUUCACCUGACAAACAUUCUCCAGAGUUCCAGGAAAAUGAGUCAAGAAUGGCUGCCUUGGUGGGUGAACUGCGGGGUCGUACCGACACUAUUGCACUUGGGGGCGGAGAAAAGGCUAUUGAGCGCCAUAAGAGUAAAGGUAAACUUUUGGUUCGUGAACGCAUCAGUCAGCUGAUUGACCCAAGCACCCCAUUUUUGGAACUGUCACAACUGGCAGGUUACCGACUGUAUGGCAAGGAGGAGGUGCCGGCAGGUGGUAUCAUCACCGGGAUUGGCAAGAUUUCUGGUGUGGAGUGUAUGAUAGUGGGGAAUGAUGCCACUGUAAAGGGAGGGAGUUACUAUCCUAUCACUGUCAAGAAGCAUCUGAGGGCACAGGAAAUUGCACAAGAAAACAACCUGCCAUGUGUUUACCUUGUGGAUUCAGGCGGGGCCAACCUCCCACGUCAGGCUGAUGUCUUUCCUGAUCGAGAUCAUUUUGGCAGAAUCUUCUACAAUCAGGCAAACUUGUCAUCACAGGGCAUUUCACAGAUUGCAGUUGUCCUUGGGUCUUGUACGGCCGGUGGAGCGUACGUCCCGGCCAUGGCUGAUGAAUCUGUUAUUGUUCGACGUCAAGGAACUAUAUUCCUAGCUGGGCCACCACUUGUUAAGGCAGCGACUGGAGAAGAAAUAUCAUCAGAAGACUUGGGUGGAGCUGACCUGCACUGUGGAAAAUCAGGUGUGACUGAUCAUUAUGCUCUAGAUGACACUCAUGCCCUUCAUCUUGCAAGAAGAAUUGUGCGCACACUCAACCGUACAAAGAACCCUCAGACCUCGAUCAGAGAGGUUAAGGAACCCCUGUUUGCUGCUCAUGAUCUGUACGGCAUUGUUGGCGACAACCUCAAGAAAACAUAUGAUGUGAGGGAGGUGAUUGGGCGAGUUGUUGAUGGCUCAGAGUUUGAUGAAUUUAAGGCUCGGUACGGAGAAACUCUGGUGUGUGGAUUUGGCCGCCUGUAUGGUUAUCCUGUGGGGAUCAUUGGAAAUAAUGGUGUGCUAUUUUCUGAGUCUGCACUUAAAGGAACACAUUUCAUUGAGCUCUGCUGCCAACGGAAGAUUCCUUUGAUCUUCUUACAGAAUAUUACAGGUUUUAUGGUUGGUCGUGAGGCAGAGGCUGGAGGUAUUGCCAAGAAUGGAGCCAAAAUGGUGACGGCUGUGGCUUGUGCCCAAGUUCCCAAGUUUACCGUCGUUAUCGGAGGGUCGUACGGCGCAGGCAACUAUGGCAUGUGUGGAAGAGCCUAUGGGCCCCGGUUUAUGUACAUGUGGCCAAAUAGUCGCAUCAGUGUAAUGGGUGGUGAGCAGGCGGCGGGUGUACUGGCACAGAUCACGCGAGAACAGCGACGCCGCGAAGGCAAAGAGUGGACAGAUGAAGAGGAACAGGCACUCAAGGCUCCUAUUAUUAAACGUUUCGAAGCAGAAGGAUCUCCGUACUUCUCCAGUGCACGUUUGUGGGACGACGGUGUGAUUGACCCAGUGGACACUCGGCAUGUCCUUGGACUCUCACUGUCGGCAUCUCUCAAUGCUUCUAUUCCCAAGACAAACUUUGGUGUAUUUAGAAUGUAAUUAGAAGAUGUUGUAGCAUAUUUCUAGCAGCUUAAUCCAAGAGAAAAUAAUUAUCAAGUUUCAAGAUUAUGCAUCUAACACUAUGUACAUACUGUAUGUACUUUGUAUACUGUGAUUUUGUAAAGGUAUUGGUGUGAAGUAAUAUUUCCUCAAGUAAAAUUCAUACUAUUUAAUGUCAGCUAAACACAAGGAUUAUUAGCAGUUUAUUUACAUUUGUACCUUUCUUGGUUUCAGGGAUGCUGUAGCUUAGAAUAGAUAAUGUUAACUAAUUUUGGUAUGUUCAAAAGUAGUACUAACUCUAAGAUCAUAUAGCAGUUUAUUGAAAUGCUUUGGGACUUGUGUAGAUUUUCUUUCCCUUUCCUGCUAAAUACAGUAUAGGGCAGCUGGACUCGAGCAAAAAUAUGCACCCGUUCUCCCUUCACUUGUUUGAAUCUUAAUAAAGAUAAAUAAUAUUUUUACAGUAAGCAAAAUAAUAUUGGACCAAGAGGUUGUGUAUUGAUCAGUGUUUUAUAGGUAAUAUCUGCAGCAACUUCUUUUUUAAUUUGUAUUGAUUUAUUCCUCUACAGCUUUUUUCUUGUUCACAUCUUGUUAAUAUUCACCUGACUAGCCAUCUCUCACUAUACAACACACGACUAAUAAAGAAGCUCAUUUGUAUAACCCAACGAACCCCAGGUAUACUAAGGUCAAAAAUAAGCUCCAGUGAUUUAUUGAUUCCAGUCAUUAUAAGCCCCAAGGUAAUCAAAGCUAGCUGUUAAGGCUGGGACCCAGUCUAAAUGGUUAAGUUAAAAGUAGGGCCUUGUAGGACUGGGGCCCAUUUGACCUGUGACUAUGUGAUAAUACCGUUCAUGCACUUGAACUACAUAACUGUUGACUCUUAGUGUCCUCUCUCCUCCCCAUCACCUGAGUUGCAUCUAUUUUUCUCAGUUAUCCUUUUUUUGUUGCCUCCUCCAUAUGUUUAUUCCAUUCAGUAUUCUGCCCUUCCCAUUUUCAAUCACUUGUUUCCCCAUUCCAUAUCUCCCUCCCACAGGCAUUUAUAUUUGUCACUGUUCCAGCUUCACCAUCAAGAUUAACUUCUUACUUGGUUCACAUUCACAACUUCCUUUUUUCCCCUAUGUAUCUCAUUCCCUCUUUUUAGUAUGGCAUUCAGAUUAUCAAUUAAUAUUGUACUUAUAGUUCCAUCAGUAACCUUUCCGAUGUAUAGCCAAUAGAAUACUUAGCACUUUUGUGGGGCCAUAAUGCACAAUGUUUCAAGCUGGAGACAUAAAAACCUGAAUGGUGUCCCUCAAGUAUUGAAUAGGGAGUGACAAAUCUAUCCUUUAUCGGUCCGUGAUACACUAUGCUACCAGACCCACUCGGUUGAUGCCGUGGGUCAACUUGACAACGUCGGCUUUGGGAGCCUACAUUGUGACUGUGGACGGGUUUCCCCUUCAGUUCUUCACAGGCAGUAUACUGAGCAUUUCAUGUUGAGGUGACAAGUUUCUCUUUAAAAUUUCUUUAACCUGUAUUUUUUUUUUUCAAACCUCUUACAUCUUAAUGUUGGUGGGCAGAAACAUGAGCAGGUGCACAGACACACACACACACACACACACACACGUUUUAAUGCACAAAUACUGUACACAUGAGGGAUUAAACAUGUACACUGUAUAUUACUUUGAAAUAUUAAGAACACUUUUUACAAAGUGUACAUUUGUUGUACAUCGUUUUGAAACCAAUUACAUUUGCAAUACAGGUACUUUUUUUUUAAAUUCUUCUGUUGGCAGGUUUUUAAAUAUAUACCGGUAGUACUUGUAUCAAGACUUGUUCCUGUUUUUGGCACGUUUAUGCGAAGCGCUGUUAUAGACCAUGUCACUCACUUUUAGAACUGGUAAUGAGGGUCAGUUGGGAGAAUCAAUAUUGUACAUGUGUAGGAGAGUCUCAGUAUUUUGCCUUUCUGAACACUGCUGUUGAGAUAAUUUUCAGUAAUGGGUGGCACAAAAAUAUAUACACCUAGACCCCGACUUACGACGGGGUUAGGGACCCAAAUCCAGGUCGUAAGUCCGACAU